GCGCUAAUGCUGUGAUUGGGCUGGCUGCUGCGUUUGGAGUUUGAAGUUGAAAAGAUUUACGUGACCCGUGUUUAGAAUUUGGGGUCCUCCCCCGCCGGCCCCCGCUUUGCGGAUUAUUUGGGAUUGCUUUUCUUUUGCGAAGUGGGAUGAGUUUGAUUUUUGUCAUUUGAAGUCAUUUUUCUUUUUGGUCUUCGGGGACUGGCAACGCUACAGAUUUCAUUGUGCUCGGGCUUUAUUUUGUUCUCGUCCACACUAGGUGCAAUCGAGGAACUCAAGAGAGAAUUUGGGAAAGUAACAAACAAAGUGCAGAAUCUGAAAGAAGGUUUUGGGUAGCAGGAGUUCUGGUUAACAGGGCAAACCAAUUCCACCACCAUGAGUUGGAGCUUCCUGACUCGCCUGCUAGAGGAGAUCCACAACCAUUCGACAUUUGUAGGGAAGAUCUGGCUCACUGUGCUGAUUGUCUUUCGAAUUGUCCUAACUGCUGUAGGAGGAGAGUCCAUCUACUAUGAUGAGCAAAGCAAAUUUGUGUGCAACACAGAGCAGCCAGGCUGUGAGAAUGUCUGCUAUGAUGCCUUUGCCCCACUUUCCCACGUGCGCUUCUGGGUAUUCCAGAUCAUCCUGGUUGCAACUCCCUCUGUGAUGUACCUGGGAUAUGCUAUUCAUAAGAUUGCCAAAAUGGAGCAUGGUGAGGCAGACAAGAAGGCAGCUCGGAGCAAACCCUAUGCCAUGCGUUGGAAACAGCAUCGGGCUCUGGAAGAAACGGAAGAGGACCAUGAAGAGGAUCCUAUGAUGUAUCCAGAGAUGGAGUUAGAAAGCGAAAAAGAAAAUAAAGAGCAGAGCCAACCAAAACCUAAGCAUGAUGGCCGACGACGAAUUCGAGAGGAUGGGCUCAUGAAAAUCUAUGUGUUGCAGCUGCUGGCCAGGACUGUGUUUGAGGUGGGCUUUCUAAUAGGGCAGUAUUUCCUGUAUGGCUUCCAAGUCCACCCAUUUUAUGUGUGCAGCAGACUUCCUUGCCCUCAUAAGAUAGACUGCUUUAUUUCUAGACCCACUGAAAAGACCAUCUUCCUUCUGAUAAUGUAUGGUGUCACAGGCCUCUGCCUAUUGCUUAACAUUUGGGAGAUGCUUCACUUAGGUUUUGGGACAAUUCGAGACUCACUAAACAGUAAAAGGAGGGAACUUGAUGAUCCGGGUGCUUAUAAUUAUCCUUUCACUUGGAAUACACCAUCUGCUCCCCCUGGCUAUAACAUCGCUGUCAAACCAGAUCAAAUCCAGUACACUGAGUUGUCCAAUGCUAAGAUUGCCUACAAGCAAAACAAAGCCAAUAUUGCCCAGGAACAGCAGUACGGCAGCCAUGAGGAACACCUCCCGGCUGAUCUGGAGACUCUGCAGCGGGAGAUCAGAAUGGCUCAGGAACGCUUGGAUCUAGCAAUCCAGGCCUACCAUCACCAAAACAACCCCCAUGGUCCUCGGGAAAAGAAGGCCAAAGUGGGGUCCAAAUCUGGGUCCAACAAAAGCAGCAUUAGUAGCAAAUCGGGGGAUGGGAAGACCUCCGUCUGGAUUUAAUCUCGGUUGGGCUUCAAACUUGGGGUUUCAUAGUUUAUGGUAAGCAGCAACUUGCUGAAUAAUGACUUCCAUUGAGUAAACAUUUGGCUCUGGCUAUCUUCAGGGAUGCUGUUGGCUCACGAUCCAAACUCCGGGGACUCUGAAGGUGGACCUGGGAUGAGUCGGGAGAGGGAGACACAGUGUUCCCAGGCACGUGUUCUCAGCAGUAAUGCAGUUGCAGAGCUUUCCGUUUGUGUCUUCCAGACCUAGAGAAGAGCUGAUAUAUUUAAAUCACUCUUGUUGGACAGUUUUGUAUGUACAGUAUUAUGGUACAGUUUUUUAGUAUGGUAACUUUUUUUUUGUAUUUGUACAUUGGACUGCUGUAGUUACACUUUUUUAUAUUAAAGGAAAAAAAUCCUUGUAAA